AUGAUAGUGAAAUUUGAAGCUUGUGUUAAGAGAAAAGCAGCAUGUAUUGCACAGAUAGGAGAAUUGCAGCAUCGAGAACAUGGACAUGACGGAAAUGCCCGUUUUGAUGAAGCAGCAAAAAAGGAUGAAACGAUGAGGAAAUGGGAGGGAGCUGAUGAUUUCACGAUAGGUGGAGAAGAAGGUAAGGCGCUCCAGCAGACCGAACAGGACGAUUGA